CUAAUUACAUGUCUCUAAUUUGUCUCCUUGUGUCUCCCCCCAACGUGUCCAUGUGGUCGUCUUCCUCAUUAGUACUAUCUUAAACUCUAUUUAGCUCAUUUAAUCACAUUAAUUAACUCUGUUUCUCUUUUUUCAGACCUCUCUCUCUCUCCUUUUUUUCAUUAUAUAUUAUCUCCAUCAUCUAUAACUCUCACAAAGUCCACCACUAGCUCGAACUCUCUCCUCUCUUAAACUUAUAGACAAGAAUCAAUCAGUCACACGUCUAUACCACGAUUUGCUCACAAAAUCUUUGGCUUCCACCAAAGAUUAUAAGCAGAGAUCAUUCACUUACUCGUAUCAAUAGAUCAAAUCUUCAUCACAAUAGAAGAAAUGGUUUUAGAGACGGUUUCAAAGACGGAACCACCACCGUUGCUUGGACCUCGUAUCUCCUUCUCAUCUGAUUUAUCUGACGGUGGAGAUUUCAUCUGCAUCACCCCCGUAAUGUGUAAGGAAGAUGUCGUCAAAGGGUCAGUGAAAGUCUCCGACUUUGAGUUCUUGUCGUCGGAAAAUGUGAGUCCACAGAGAAUGCUUACCGCCGAUGAACUCUUCUCCGAAGGUAAAUUGCUUCCUUUUUGGCAAGUAAAGCACUCAGAGAAGCUUAAAAACAUUACUUUGAAGACGAACGAAGAGGAAGAAGCAGAGAAACGUAAAGUGGAAGUGAAGAAGAAAGAUCAGGAGAUUAACAAUAGAGAUAACAGAGUGACUUGGUUUAUAGACGAAGAUCCGUCUCCUCGUCCUCCCAAGUGUACCGUUCUUUGGAAAGAGCUUUUGAGAUUGAAGAAACAGAGGAAUCCGUCUUCUUCGCCGGUGACGGCGAGGACAGUGUCGUCUUUGUCUCCGUCGUCGUCCACGUCAUCAUCAAGUUCACUUGAGGACGCAGCGAAGAGAGAGGAGAAAGAGAAAGAAGGGAAGAGAGGUAAGAAAGGAUUAGAGAGAACGAGAUCGGCGAGUAUGAGGAUAAGGCCAAUGAUUCAUGUUCCUAUUUGCACUCCUUCUAAAUCCUCUCUUCCUUUGCCUCCUCUGUUUCCUCUUUCGCUUAAGAAAAACAGAGUAGAGAGACGCGCCUAGAAGAUUUGAUCUAUCUUUGGAUUGAAAAAAACAAUUAUUGGUUGAAUUUGUUCAGAUUCUCAAGUGUUAACUCAUGUGGUCUAAUGCAUGUGGUUAAGUGAUGUUUUUCAGAUGUAUUAUGUGUAUGCUUUAUGGCUUGAGAUUUAAUGUGUGACAGUGUUAAGAAAUUCUAGUAAGAACCGUUCCUCUGUUCUUCAUCUCCAUUUUGUAUUUUCAUUUUUGGAUCCAAAAGUGAGUUAGUC